AUGACUUCUAUCAAGCUCCCAAAGGCCACCUGGUCUCGUAUCACUUCCAGCAAGCGCCUCUACCGUUCUUCCCAAGCUGUCUCGACGAUCGGUCAAAAGACCUACAUCUUUGGCGGCGAGUUGCUUCCUCGUGAACCGGUUGACAACAGAGUCGAUGUUGUCAGCCUCGAUACUCAAGAACACGGCGCUCAAACGCUCACGGCCCCCGCCAAAUCUCCCUCACCUCGAGUCGGUAGCCCAAGCACCACCAUCGGAACCAACAUCUUCCUCUUCUCUGGGCGCGGCGGGCUCGAAAUGAAGCCUAUCGAAGAAAAGGGCGCUAUAUGGCGCUACAACACAGCCGACAAUACAUGGGACUCUAUCGAGCCCGCAGAUUCUUCUGCGCCAUUCCCUGAUGGUCGAAGCUACCAUUGCAUCACAUCAGAUGGAGUAGACAAGCUUUACCUCCACUCUGGAUGCCCUGAGCAGAACCGAUUGAACGAUCUUUGGGUUUUUGACUUGACUAAAAAGUCGUGGAAUGAGCUUCCUUCUGCACCAGGCUCUGCGCGCGGUGGCUCCUCCAUCGCAUACCUCGAUGGGAAGCUGUAUCGCAUGAACGGUUUCGAUGGCAAGACAGAACAGGGUGGCGCGCUAGAUAUCUACAACAUCAAGACUAGUUCAUGGUCUACGGUUACUUACAAGCCAGAUGGUAUUGAAGGCCCUGAAGCGAGAAGUGUCGCAACACUACUGGCAAUCUCGGUUCAGAGCAGGUCUUUCCUGAUCACCAUGUUUGGCGAGAGAGACCCUAGCGCUCUAGGCCACGCUGGUGCUGGAAAGAUGCUGUCUGACGUCUGGGCUUUUGAUAUUGAGGGGAAUACCUGGGAGAAAGUGGAGGUUGGUGAUGAAGGACCUGUUGCGAGGGGAUGGUUUGACGCUGAUGCUGUGCGGGAUGAAAGUGCAGAGGAUGCUGUGGUUGUCCAUGGAGGUCUCGGGGAAGAUAAUCAGAGACUCGGUGAUGUUUGGAUAUUGCGUUUUUAG